CAGCAGCCACGAUCAAGCAGUAGCUUUAUGUAUGGCAGAUAAUAUAAUCUCCAUGUUUCUUCCCUUCAACAUCCUCCUUACCAUCCUCUUGUUCUCUUUCAUAAUUACCAGACUAGUGAAAACAUUGAAAGCUAAGAAACCAUCCCCAAGGCUGCCUCCAGGGCCAUGGAAACUACCUCUCAUAGGCAACAUUCACCAGCUUGUUGCUGUCUCAAUACCUCAUUUCACAUUAAGGAACUUGGCUCUAAACCAUGGCCCCUUAAUGCAUCUGCAACUUGGGGAAGUCUCCACAGUUGUUAUAUCUUCCCCUGAAUUCGCCGAAGAAGCUAUGAGAAAAAAUGAUAUCAUUUUUGCUUCCAGGCCCUAUCAGUUAGCUCCCAGCAUCAUAUCUUAUGACUGUACUAACAUUGUAUUCUCCCCUUAUGGUAGUUAUUGGAGGCAUCUUCGAAAAAUCUGCGUAACUGAGCUUUUAUCCGCGCAGCGUGUGAGAUCAUUCAGAAGAGUUAGAGAAGAGAUGGUUUCCAAUCUCAUCAAGACAAUAUCUUCAAGCCAGGGUUCACCAAUCAACCUGAGUGACCAAAUUUUCUCAUUAACAUAUCGGAUAACGGCAGCGAUGGCCUUUGGGUCGAAAUGCAGUGAAGAGGAAAAGUUCAAAUCUAUCAUCACGAAAGUUACAGAGCUGUCAACCGGCCUUACCCUUGCAGAUUUCUUCCCUUCAAUUAAAGCAGUUGAGGUGAUUAGUGGAAUCAGGCCAAAACUUGAGAAGCUACAUGGAGAAGCUGAUAGAAUACUUGAAAAUAUCAUUUCUGAGCAUAAAGAGAGGAAGAUUGAAGGAAAUGGAAGUGGUGAAGAUGAGAAAGAUAUAGUUGAUAUGCUUUUGGACCUUCAACAACAUGGGAACCUUGACUUUCCUUUAUCUUCCAACAACAUCAAAUCAGUCAUCUUGGACAUGUUUGCUGCAGGGAGUGAAACAUCAUCAAUAUCUGUUGAAUGGGCAAUGUCACAACUGCUGAAAAAUCCAAGCUUAAUGGAAAAGGCUACAGCUGAGGUGAGACAGGUGUUUAAUGGCAAAGGGUAUGUAGAUGAAGCACGGUUUGGUGAACUAAAAUUCCUAAAAUUAGUCAUAAAAGAAACACUGAGGUUACACAAUCCAGUGCCUUUAAUACCAAGGGAAUGCCGUGAGAACUGUAAGCUUGGUGGAUAUGAUAUUCCUGCUAAAACUAAAGUUCUUAUCAAUUCAUGGGCAAUUGCAAGAGAUUCUAGGUACUGGAGUGAACCUGAGAGUUUUAAUCCUGAAAGGUUCCUUGAUAGCUCAUUAGACUAUAAAGGAACAGAUUUCCAAUAUAUUCCAUUCGGGGCCGGAAGGAGGAUAUGUCCAGGCAUAACAUUUGGUCUUGCUAAUGUUGAACAGCAACUAGCACAAUUGGUGUACCACUUUGAUUGGAAGCUCCCCAAUGGAAUGAAGUGUGAAGAUUUGGAUAUCACAUCUGGACCAGGUUUAACGACAAGAAGGAAACACGACCUGUUUGUAAUUCCAGUUCCUUAUCAUCCUUCACCUCUUCAAUAAAAGCGUGCAUCAGAAAUUAGACAUACUUUUUGUUAAACUAUGGUUGUAAUAAACUGUAUUGUUUGGCUUAAACUGAAAUAAUUCACAUGAUAACAUUGACAUGGUUCA